AUUCUCGGAUAGUCGGUACCACAAUUCAUGGACGAACCAAUGGAAUUAAGUAUAGCGUGUCUUGGACUUAGGCGCGAAUUUUGGUCAACUGUAUAAUUAAAUAAAAUUUUGAAACUAUAGCUGAUAUAUCGUAUCACUAUGUCAUUCUUAGCAACUGGAUCGCUCAUAGUUUUCGGACUGUUUUUUAUAUUUAAAGGCUUGCGCAGACACUUUCGUUUCGAAAUCGAUAAAAGCUCAGGACACUAUGGGGGCGAGCUGGUUGCAGAUGUCCUGAAGGCGCAUAAUGUACCAUUUAUUUUUACGCUUACUGGAGGCCACAUAUCACCGAUAUUGGUUGCUUCAGAAAAAGAAAAUAUACGUGUGAUAGAUGUAAGAAACGAAGCUUCUGCUGUCUUUGCUGCUGAUGCUGUUUCAAGACUUUCUGGUUCCGUUGGUGUAGCUGUUGUUACAGCAGGUCCUGGUCUUACUAAUACGGUGACAGCAGUGAAGAAUGCUCAGAUGGCUGAAUCUCCUGUAGUCCUUCUAGCUGGAGCUGCUUCUGGACUUUUACGUGGUCGUGGAUCACUUCAAGAUAUCGACCAGCUUGCUGUGUUCCGCCCAAUUUGUAAAUGGUGCAGACGUAUAGAUUACGUCAGAGAGAUUAUCCCUGUUCUUUGUGAAGCAUUCUAUAUUGCACAAUCGGAUACUCCCGGACCAGUUUUAGUUGAGUUUCCGAUCGAUCUGUUAUAUCCAUAUAAAUUGGUUGAACAGCAUACUAAAUUGUCUGACAAAACAAAUUCUUUAAGGCAGAAAAUUGUAAAUUGGUAUCUACGUUUCUAUCUUUUCAAUUUAUUCGCCAAUGGUUUCUCAUCGAAAUCACAUCCAUCCAAAACAAACGGUUUAGAUGGAAUUGUUGUCAAAUCACCGAAAAUUCCGCUUCCAUCUAAAAGACAAGUGAAGAAAUUAGCUCAGCUGAUAAAACUUUCUGAAAAGCCAAUCUUACUUAUCAGUAGUCAAGCUGUUUUACCUCCGAUUUCAGCUGAAGAGACAGCCGUUCACGUUCAAACCUUGGGGAUACCUACUUACAUGUCAGGUAUGGCUCGUGGUCUUCUUGGUCGAGAUCACCAACUUGGAUUUCGUCAUGCCCGUCGUACUGCACUUCGUGAAGCUGAUCUAAUUAUUCUCGCAGGUGCCAUUUGUGAUUUUCGUUUAGAUUAUGGUCGUGUGUUAAAUCGAAAGGCGAAGAUUGUUGUAAUUAAUCGAAAUAAGAAGAACUUAUAUCUUAAUGCUGACUAUUUUUGGAGACCAUAUCUAACAAUUCAAGCUGAUGUUGGUACAACCCUAAGAGAUUUAUCACUUGAACUACAAAAUUCUACUAAUGAACUAAAUUGUUCCACUGAAUGGUUAAAUAUUUUAAAAUCACGUGAAAUAAAACAAGAUGAAGAGAUUAAACUAAGCUGUCAAGUAGAAGGUAUUGAGCAUAACAAUCCACUUUCCGUUCUCUGGAAGUUGGAACAUUAUGGUCUACCAACUGAUUCUUCCGAAGAUAGUAUUAUUAUUGCUGAUGGUGGAGAUUUUGUAGGAUCGGCAGCAUAUAUUGUACGUCCAAGAAAACCGUUAUCUUGGUUAGAUCCAGGACCAUUUGGAACGUUAGGUGUUGGUGGAGGAUUCGCAUUAGGUGCUAAACUAUGCCGCCCAAAUGUAAGUUUCUACAAAUUAUUUAUUAGGGAUUAUAUAUAAAUGAAACAAAUUAGGUAAUUUGGGUUUAAACAUAUGACAGCUGCAUUUCUCCUAUAUUCCAAACACAUUUUUAGAGUUUUACUGAGUUAUAAGAUUAUUUCUUUCAGCUUUAGAAUAAAAUUCUUUUUUUAUUGGUUUUAUUCUUACGGGUAAGUUCAGCAUAUUGUAGAGAUUUUAAUUAACCAACUAAAAUGAUCAUCUUUAAAAUGAAUAUUUAUACUUCCUCUUGAAGAAUUAUUUCUAGAAGUUCCAAUAGAAAUCGCAGAUAUUCCAUACAACUUUCAACGAUAAAUCUAUUUCUUCUUGUUGAUGAUGUUGGUUUCUUUAUUCUUCUUUUCUUCGUUUUUCUGUUAAGUAUUUCAGUUGUACAGUAUGACGACUUGAAAUUUCUGACUUUUAACUGUCAACUACUUGAGUUAAGUUGCUUGUAAGAAGUUGGUCAUUAUGAUUAUAAACAUUUGAAAAUAUUUUAUAUACGACAGAAUCGGAAAAUUCCGGUAAUCAUAUGCCUCGAUAACUAUAUCCCGAAAACAAACAAAGAAAAAGACGAUAAUGAUUGGAAGCGAAAUUCCGCUUUAACGUAAACUGAUGUAUAAAAGUGAGAUGUUUAUGCUGAUUAUCUACCAGAAGGGAAAUUGUGUUAAUUAUGACUAACUGAUUCACCGUGCAAGGAUAUAGCAACGAUUCUUGAUGGAAUGUCUACAACUAAUGGUGUCUGUUACCGUAGUAUCCUUCAAUAGAAGCGGAGUCAAAAAUGACCUUGUCAUUGAGUCCAUAUUUAUAAAAACAGGCAUUAAUAUAGGCGAGUCUAAUAAGAAGUGGCAUUAAAAUGGCUCUUCAAUAAUAUAAUAAAAUUAACUCCUAAUACAUUAACUGAAAAAAUAUAACAACUCAAGAACAAGCUUCAAAAAUGUUCUGUGAUGACGUCGUAUAGAUGUAAAUCUAAUUUUAUAAUAGUUUGAUGUAGCUUAGUGUACGAGUUUAAACUAUGUGGUAUUCCGCGUUAAUAGUCUAGUAUAUAUAUGUUUCCACUGUGUACAACUAGUUUGGUGCGCAUUUCUACCUUUCUGUAUUUUCCUUUUCCCAUAUUGCUUCUGAAUUCUUGAAACAUCACUUUAUUUUUGGUUCAUUAUGACUGUUCUUUUUUUAGAGCAUCAAUGAAUUUUCAUGUGCACAGAUAAGCGACACUAACGAAUGAGUUGAGUGAAGACUCUCUCCCACCUCCCCAUCCCAUAGAUCUUUUCAAGCAAAUCUUCUACAACGAAAUCUACCACAGCAAAAAUUAGAAAAUGCUACAAAACAAGCUGAAAUAUGAUUUAUUAUAUCCUUGUUUCAUAACCUAAGAACUCACCAAUCACUUUAUAAUUAUGCCCAUCUUAAUUUUUCCAUGUUCUAAUAAUAACUCAACAGUUUGUAAUUCGGUUUUUAAUAGUUGUUCAUUGUCAAAAACUCAAUUUUUAUUUACUUUUUUCCCAUAUAGGCUACUGUCUGGGUUAUUUAUGGUGAUGGUUCAGCAGGAUAUAGUUUAGUUGAAUGGGAUUCUUUAGCACGUCAUCAUGCUCCUGCAAUUGCUGUUAUUGGUAAUGACGCUUGUUGGUCACAGAUUGCACGUGACCAAGUUACGUUUUUCCGAUCCAAAGUUGGAUGCCAGUUAAACUACACACCAUAUGAAGUAAUUGGAUCAGCUUACUGUAGAAGUGUUGCUCCUGUAUCAGAUAAUUUCAUAACUAAUAAUAGCAAUCUGGUUAAUGGUUUCUUAGUUGACAAACCUCAGUUGGAACAAAUAGUUCAUAUAUUUGAUGAGGCUAAACGACUUUCAAAUAAAGGGAUACCAUCUGUUGUAAAUUGUCUUAUCUCCGCAAGUAGCUUUCGAGAAGGCAGUUUGUCUGUUUAACACACUGUACCUAGUAUUUGUUUUUUGUAUAUGAAUUUUACGUUCAUUUCUGACCAUGUAAAUUUCGCCUUACCAUUAUAUCUAUUUACUAAUAAAUAUUUUUCAAUAAACAUAUAUCUUCACU